UGCCCCCCGCCCCCCCGCCCCCCCUAGGCCCCCAUUGGCUGCCUGGGCCCGCAGCGGGCCCCACCGCCGGGAAGGGAUAAGACACCGCCCCACAGCCGCUCAGGCCACUCUGGACGCGGCCGCCAGGAGGGACGGGAGCAGCUCGCAGGAGCCACUGACGAUGUCUGAGCUGGAGAAGGCCAUGGUGGCCCUCAUUGAUGUUUUCCAUCAGUAUUCCGGAAGGGAGGGUGAUAAGCACAAGCUGAAGAAAUCCGAACUCAAGGAGCUCAUCAACAAUGAGCUCUCCCAUUUUUUAGAGGAAAUCAAAGAGCAGGAGGUCGUGGAUAAAGUCAUGGAAACUCUGGACAGUGACGGAGACGGCGAAUGUGACUUCCAGGAAUUUAUGGCCUUCGUUGCCAUGGUUACCACCGCCUGCCAUGAGUUCUUUGAACACGAGUGAGACAGCGAAAGCAGCUACUGUGGUCAGUAGCUGUUGAGGGUCACACAGGCAGAGAGUGAGGGCUUGCAGGCUAGUAGGAGCUGAGCUUUCCAGCUGUGUUGUAGCUAAUUAGGAAGCUUGAUUUGCUUUGUCAAUGAAAAAUCGACGACCUCUUUCCCAGGGCUGAUUUCAACGGCCCCAUCAUUCUUUCUGCUCUGUUAGCUGACGGGUCCGCGGGACUCUUGUGAUAACCGUUAAGGAGAGCGUGUGCUCAACCCGCAGUCAUGGCUGUGGAGAAUCCUCACCCAGAACGACCAAA